AUGCCUGAAGUUCUUUCCUCAGGAAGUGGAAGUUUUUUUGUUGAUGGGCCUGGUGGAAUAGGAAAAACAUUCCUUUAUCAUUCCUUUCUUGCAACGCUUAGGUCUAGUGGCCACAUAGCGAUAACUGUUGUUUCAUCUAGUGUGGUUGCUUCUAUUGUUCCAGGAGGACAGACUGCCUACUCACGAUUUAAAAUUCCCUUAGAUGUUUCCGCAAACAAAAUUUGUCAAAUUAGCAAACAAAGCUCUAUUGCAAGACUGAUCAUGCUUGCUAAACUAAUUCUCUGGCAUGAAGCGUCCAUGACUAAAAAAGAUACUAUUGAGGCAUUUGACUUGCUACUAAAGAAUGUCAUGGAUUCUGAUAAACCUUUUGGAGGAUCAGGGAUAUCAUUAAGAUUUCCUGAAUUCUUUGAAUCCAAAAGGGUUGCCCCCCAAUUAGUCUUAAAGGAAAACUGUCCAAUCAUUCUCCUUAAGAACCUAAAUCCCACAGAGGGAUUGUGCAAUGGAAUAAGGCUUGUUUGCAAACAGCUUAGACAACAUGCCCUUUGUGCAAAAAUUGCAGUAGGCCAACAUCAAGGCAAGAGAGUGAUCCUGUCUAGAAUUCCUCUUCAAACAUCUGAUAAUGAAAAAAAUGGCAUUCCAUUUAAACGCACACAGUUUCCAGUGAAGCUGUGUUUUGCCAUGGCCAUCAAUAAGUCGCAGGGCCAGACAUUAGAUCGGGUUGGUAUUUAUCAACAUGAACCCGUGUUCUCACACGGACAGUUAUAUGUUGCUUUGUCUCGCUCUAAAAUGGCUAGUGCAGUUAAGGUCCUCAUAAUGCCACCAACCUUUUAUGAUGCUAAUAUUGUGCUUGAAUCUAAAACAAUGAAUGUUGUCUAUCGUGAAAUCCUUGAAUUAGCUGCUAAAUGA